AUGGAGAGCUUACCUGAUUCUUAUGAACAGAUAUUUAGUCAAAUGCAAUUACAAGAAUUAUAUCUACAUGGUAAUCCUUGGAGAUGUGAUUGUCAUUUAAGAUGGUUAAAAAUAUGGUUUCUAAAGCAUGGUUCAAAGUUAAUUUAUUCUAAGCCAAUUAACGAAGCAAUAUUACGUAGCAGUAUUGAUGUAGAAGCGAAUAAUUGGUUAACAAAUGGACAUAAAUCAGACUAUCAAGCAGAAAUGAAUGCUAUAUUUCAGCCAAAAUGUGCAUCACCGAUUGGACUGCAUGGACGUCCAAUAUUUAGUCAAAUUAAUAAUGUUGGUAUACAAGCUGUACGUAGUACAGAUUUUCAUUGUUCUCCUGAAGCAUAUACACCUGAUCAACAAUUAAAAUUAAUUUGGGGAUCUAAUUCUACAAUGAUUUGCAAAUUUUUCGCUGAUCCAUCUGGUAUUGUUGUAUGGUAUAAAGAUGGGAUAAAAAUACAAAAUCAUUGGCCACGGAUAACAUCAAAACAGAGUCAAGGAAGAAGUUUUCUAGCUGAACUGACAAUAGAAAAUAUUCAAAGUUCAGAUACUGGAGUUUAUGUCUGUUAUCUGGACACUGGUUAUGGGCAUGCGAAUACAACAUUCAAUGUUCAAGUGGAGGGAGGUAUAGGUAUUGAAGAAGGUUAUCAUUAUAAUGGUGUAUUUUAUUGGAUAAGUAAACUGGACACAACACUUGUACUAAAGUAUACAGGAAUAAUUGCAUCUUGUCUAAUAAUCCUUUUGAUAAUAAUGGGUUUACUGAUCUAUUUCUUCAAUGAAAAACAAUUUUGUCGGCCAAAAUUAUCCAUCAGUAAGGGUUUGCCUACUUAUGAAAAUAGAUCAGAUCAGUCGAAAAAAGGUAUUGGAGAAGAAACAGAGACUUUGAACAGUAACACUUGCAGUAGUAAUACUGAUAAAAACAUUAUCAGCAAUUCAAAGAGUUCUUACACACUUCAAGUGCAAAACCUUAGAGUACCUACGUCAAUGGAUGGAAAUGCACCAAUAACCGAUAAACUCCCGACGAAAUCCGAAAUAGAUAACCAUACUUAUCGACGUGGAACUGAAACAGGCGUUGUAGAUGACAACUGUUUAUUACCUCACAAAUCGCAUGAUCCAGGAUUUGAAAAUUAUGUUACUGUUCGUCUAUUACCGACUGCUACACGUGGUGACCUAUCCAUGCAUUGUCCUUUACAUAAUUACGCAUUUAUACACCCAGUAUCAACUAAUCCAGAAACAGUUGCUGCUGGUGCCAACAGUUUUGGCGUCACUCUUAACGGUGUUGAUACCACAACUAUGCAGAUUACACCUGAUACUCAUCUCAUCUCCUUAUCUAACAAUAAUAAACUCAGUUCACUUGAAAAUUCUAAUUUAGCUGCUUCUUUAAACAACUUGAAUUUAUGCGGUACCAUUGAUCAGCAACAACAACAACAGUCACUAGUGGAAAGUUCAAAAAAUCGUAAGAUUAAAAGUAUAAUUUCGAAUACAACAAACCAUGAUGGCAGUGAUGGCGGUGACAUUACAACCACUCAUGAACUGAAUUCCUCUGUUUAUACACCAUGUCCUUUACACGGUAACUUAUAUGCCACACUACAAACUAAGGAUCGAAAAAAUAUCUCCUCAGAGACACGCAAACAUAUUGCAAGUGUACCGGCCGGUUUAACAGGAUUAAACUAUGAAAAGCAUCAUACAUUACCUAAUAAAAAGUUUCGAACACAGUUAUCCAGUACUAAUACUCAUCCUUCAUCUAGUACUAUCUCAAGGACCAAUACUACUGAUAUCAUUAAUAAAAGUAGUACUAGCAAUCCUGCAUCAGUUUCAGUGAUACAUAAGUGA